AUGAAAGAAGCAAGUUAGGGUUGAGAGGUAAAGUUAGGGUUUUGAGAAUGGCGUGCACAAUCGACUUCAGAUGCCUGGACGAAGGAUUUGGAGGCAAAACAUACAAGAGAAAAAGAUCUGAGCAAGCCGAAGAAGUGCUCAAUCGAUCCAUCCAAUCUCAAAACAACAACACCAAAGACGAUGCCUCCAUGGAAGUGGAAGAAGAAGAAGAAGAAGGGACACAGUCAAAGAGACAAGCAGUGUCAUCUUCAGAUAACCCAGACAAGCCGGUGGUGUUCGGGAAGCCUACAUACGACGGAGUAAUAGCAGGGAAGGUAUCAGGGAGGAAGUGGAAGCAGCCGAGGACACACAGAGCGUCGGCAGUGUACGUGACUAGGAAGAGCACCACGUACGAGCAGAGGAUGAAGCAGAAGGAGAUCAAGAGGGCAUACACCGAGAGGAUAACGGAGCUCAAGGAGGAGAUCAGGCACAACAAGGUGGAGAAGAGGAAGAAGCGACAGGAGAGGGACAAGAGGAAGCAAGACAACAUUCUCAGAUCUGGGACCAAGUUGCAGAAGAUUACUAAUCCCAAGACGCUCAAGAAGAUUGCCAAAUCUAAGCACAAGAAGCUCCUCAAGGUCGUCCCUGACGAUCUUCUCAACAACAACAACAAUAAGAAGAAGAAUUAGUUUUUGUUUUUUUUUAUUUUUUUUUUAUUUUUAUUUUUAAUUGAGUAUUUGGAGCCAAAAGACCUGAUGUUUUGUAUUUUUUUUUGUUACUUUGAAUUUGGAUGGAAAUGGGAUUUUGGUAGUAUCUAAUUUAGAGAGAUAUGGUGGUGGUGUUGUGAUGUUUGAUUACAAUUCUCCUCUGCUCCUGUUCUUGAAAUCUCAAGAAAUGAUCCUAGAAUGGAA